AUUUCAUCAUCUCACAUCAUCACAAGAAGGAUGGCUUACACGAAGAUGUGCCUGCUCUACAUUUCCCUGGUGGUCCUGGGAGCCCUCUGUUUGUAUUUUAGCAAGUACAGUCUGACUCCUUUUAAAGAUGAGCCAUUUGUUUUCAAGAAAGAAAUGGGGAACUUCCUCCAGCUUCCAGAUAUCAACUGCAAGCAGGAUCCCCCUUUCCUUGUCCUGCUGGUGACCUCUUCCCAUGAACAGAUGUUUGCUCGCACGGUCAUCCGGAACACGUGGGGGAAAGAAAGGAAUGUGAACGGAAAACGCAUAAAAACCUUCUUCCUUCUGGGAGCCACAGCCAGUAAGGACCUGUCGAAAGUUGUUGCGCAGGAAAGCCAGCGGCAUCACGACAUUAUCCAGAAGGACUUCAUGGACACCUACUUCAACCUGACCCUGAAGACCAUGAUGGGUAUCGAGUGGAUCCACUGGUUCUGUCCUCAGGCGGCUUUCGUGAUGAAAACGGACUCGGACAUGUUUGUCAACAUCUACUACCUGACCGAGCUGCUCCUCAGGAAAAACAGAACCACUCAGUUUUUCACCGGCUUCUUGAAACUGAAUGAGUUUCCGAUUAGGAACAAGUACAGCAAGUGGUUUGUCAGUAAAUAUGAGUAUCCGUGGGACAAGUACCCGCCCUUUUGCUCGGGCACUGGCUACGUGUUUUCCAGUGAUGUGGCAAGUCAGGUGUACAAAGUGUCCGACAGCGUCCCGUUCCUUAAACUCGAAGACGUCUUCAUGGGGCUCUGCCUGGCGAAACUGAAAAUCGGGCUGGAGGAACUCCACUCUGAGCAGACCUUUUUCCCAGAUGGGUUGGCCUUUUCCACGUGUCGUUUUAAGAAGAUUGUGGCCUGCCAUUUCGUCAAGCCUCGCAACAUGCUCAGCUAUUGGUAUGCUCUGGAAAAUUCCCUGGAAGACGAGUGUCCAGCUGACUGA